GGGGCGUACUCAGGCCAGUGUAAUCGAGGGCCAAUUCAACGAAAGAAGAAACACAAAAGUUUUAGAAAGUUUUCUUUGGCAGCCAGAUGCCCUCUAUGAUUUUAUAAAAACGCGACACAGAUAUUCAACCAUGUAGAUAUGUGAAGGAUUGCCUAUAAACGUGAAGUUCGUGUCAUCUUGUCUUCAGAUAUUUUCAAAGACAUGCGCUCCAACCCACUGGGCCAGGAGGACUUCUGAGACCAUGGCAACGCAGUUCAGCAUCGAUGACGCGUUCGUUCUGGACGGAGAAGAGGAUGUGGCGGUGUCCGACGGAGAACGGGAAGGAUGGAAUAGUCGAGAAAAGGACAGAGAAGCAGCAGGAGAGAUGACAUUUGGUCCCUUGUCUUUCACGAAACCUCAGAGUCACCCCUCGCCGACAACCGCCGGCUCUGCAGACCACAGCAAUCUCAAGUAUCAGAAUCUAGAAAAUGAGGACGUUUUGGGAAGCAGUGGGCAUUCCUCGUUCAACAACUUCUUUAAAAUCAGUGACCCUUCCAACCUGUCUUACUGUAGCUCGCAGUGGUCUUUCAGUACCCUGAGCUCCGUCACCCACCUCUCCGCACACUGCUGCGGGUGGAUGUCUCACCCGCUUGUCAAGAAGAACUACAGAGUUGUCCUGGCUUCGUUCCUCCUGCUCAUCACUGGAGUUGCCCUUAUUUUUACAGGCAUUGUAAUCCAGUUAAACCCAGACGCAGGUGUUUCAAGUGCGAUUUUCUUUGUUCCCGGAUUCCUUCUCUUCAUACCCGGGGUUUACCAUGUGACUUACAUCAGCUGUGCUGUUCACGGGAGGCGGGGCUUCAAAUUCUUCUACCUGCCUUACUUUGAAAAAUAAUCUGUGGUUCCAACUCUACAUCUUGUCAGUAUUUACUGAUCUUGUUUUUCCGUUGCUAUGUUAUUUUUUUCCACACUUUGUUCAGUCUUUAUUGUAAAAAGAAACACUAAAUGAAUUGUCCAUCAUAUGUUUUAACAUGUCAUUAUUAUGACCACUUGUUAAUUUUAACCACUUGAGUGUUACAUUUUUUUUUCACUUUAUAUGCGUUGUUAUGAUAAUAUUUGGUAAACCUGUGGACGCUUCAAAUAUGUGAAUGAUGACAUAGAAAUGUGAAAUAAACAAAUUAACUUUUUGUAUAGUAAAAGAA